CUUUUGGGGAGGACACCUAAGAAUAAAACCGAGUGGGCUUGGCCCAAAGCGGACAAUAUCGUACUAAUGAGCAGCCCAAUUUCGAAAAGUGGUAUUAGAGGGCUAGGAGAGAUCCACGUUUGGGCUUGGCGGAUCAAAGAACUGUUAUGGGACAAUCCAAGUACCACAUCAGAGAUACAAGGGUUGGGAAGGAACCCUUGUAUAUUAGUGUCCACCAAGCUCAUUAGUACGAGGCCUUUUCGAAAAGUGGUAUUAGAGGGCUAGGAGAGAUCCACGUUUGGGCUUGGCAGAUCAAAGAAUUGUUAUGGGACAAUCCAAGUACCACAUCAGAGAUACAAGGGAAGGAACCCUUGUAUAUUAGUGUCCACCAAGCUCAUUAGUACGAGGCCUUUUGGGGAGGACACCCAAGAAUAAAUCCGUGCGGGCUUGGCGGAUCAAAGUAUUGUUAUGGGACAAUCCAAGUACCACAUCAGAGAUACAAGGAAGGAACCCUUGUAUAUUAGUGUCCACCAAGCUCAUUAGUACGAGGCCUUUUGGAGAGGACACCCAAGAGUAAAUCCGUGCUGGCUUGGCCCAAAGCGGACAAUAUCAUGCUAAUGAGCAGCCCAAUUUCGACAAGUGGUAUCAGAGUCUAGUUCGGUUCGGGGCGGUGGACGUCAGUUUGGUGGACCCUCAUUCGGUAACCUCGGGAUUUGCGAUUCGCGUCUGUUUGGCGGAUCAAGGGAGAUCUGCGUCUGGGCUGUUUGGUGGAUCCAGGAGAGAUCCACGUUUGGGUUUGGCGGAUCAAAGAGAACCGAGAAGCCCAUCGAUACAAGGUGUCUGGUGGAUCAAGAUAAUCGCUGAGGUGAGGACUCGAAGUUCGUGGUCUUUGUCUUGAGGGGUUGAUUGUCAUGGGACAAUCCAAGUACCACAUCGGUAAUACAAGGGAAGAGACCCUUGUAUAUAAGAGUCCACCUAGCCCAAUUAGUACGAGGCCUUUUCGGGAGGAUACCCAAGAGUAAAACCGUGCGAACUUGGCCCAAAGCGGACAAUAUCGUACUAAUGGAGCACCCCAAUUUCAACAAGUGGUAUCAGAGUCUAGUUCGGGGCGGGACGGUAGACUCUAAUACACAAGGGUUCCUUCUCUUGUAUUUUCGAUAUGGUACUUGGAUUAUCCCAUAACACUUUAUAUGUUUUGAAGUUAUCCUGAAGAUCACGAUUGAGGCUGAGGGAUUUUGUGUCAGAUGGGUUUGGAACUUCGAUAGAAAAUAUAUGUUUUUCUGUCGUCUUGUUAUUACAAACUUCAUUCUUCUCUAUCUUCUGUAGUCUAUCUUCUGGGGUGUUUAGUCCUACUUUUUUUGACAAAGGAGAGUCUUUAUUGCAUUUUAACUGAUCAGUUACAAAGAGACAACAACCAACAUUCUGGUUCAACAGGAGGAAGGAAAAGGGAACCCGGUUACAAUCAAACCAUGAAAAGCAAAGCAAGAACAGAGAACACAACACAGUUUGACAGCAACCAUCCAACACAACAGAACCCCUGAAAACACCAGUAUCAGAAAUCUCUCUUGCAACCAACCACUUAGAAUGCAACAAGAGCGAAAUCAGCUUGUCCGAUCAACUCGAAAUCCAUGGCUAGUGAUUGAACCAUAUGCCGCCUCCUGGGGAUAACUCGAAGGCAUCCAUCACAGUGAAUCCUAGAAACAAGAUUGCAUGGCGGUGGAAGAGGAUUUGAACGGAUUGCUCCAAGCUGACAGAGGCAGAGGAAGGUGAGGCAGAGAUAUCAUGUUUGAAGCAGAGCAGAAGAUCCCAAGGGAGCCACAGAUCUCCACAGAAAACACUGAUAACCAACCACAACCACCGGAGAAGACCCGACCCUCCACGAUCCGACGGCUCACCCCGCAACACAAACACAAAGUGCAGAUCGGAAAGGGAAAGAAGAGAAUGGCUCCACCAAAGGAUGAAACCACCAACCUGGAAAAAUCACCACCAUCCAGAUCUGGACUAGGCACUCACCAAAUUGCUAACUCUGGAUCCUACAACGAGCAAACCUUGAUCAGGAGAACCAAGAACCGAAGGAAGAGACAAAGCUCGACGGGAAAAGAAGAGACGAAGCUCGACUGGGAAGGAAGCUGAAAGGCCACAACGGCAGGGGGAAAGCUGGAAAUCCGAAGGAAAAUCACCUAGAACAAGACCAGGUGAAGCAAGAGCCCAAAGAAAAGAAGGAGGAAAGAAAAAAAAAACAUGGAGGGGCUUGAGCUGCCGCCGGUCACCAAAAAGAGCCGGCGGCAGCCCCUGGAAACACACAGAAAAAGGAAGCGAGAAAAAGAAGAGAGAGGGCAGAGAAAAGAGUUCUGUUUAGUCCUACUCGAAGAAGGUAAAAGCUUCUUUUAUCUACAAUCCAUCGCAAUGGCAUUCCCACCAACAGGAUGAUGAUCCACAAUUACACAAUUUUAGUUGGCUGAUCAUCCUGCUAUCAAAUUUGUGAUUGGCCAUUCUAUUAUCAAAAUGUUAUUGAUAAGUCAAAUUCUAUCUAUUUAAUACGCUCUAUUUCAAACAGGGAAUCCAGCCAUUGGAUCAUUAAGGUUUUUUUUAUUAUUUGGGUUACAGAAGUUGACCGGUUGAGAAAGAAACUUUAAACAAGAAAGGGGAAGAAGGAAAGGUCCUCCUCAAAUCGAUGUUACAUGAGAUAAACCCACAGAAGUCGGUGCCAGGGUACAACACCAAUAAAUAGCAACGGGGAAGCAAGAAGAAAUGCAUGUGGUGGUUGGAUUGGAUUGCAAAUUGGAAAUGUUCUAUUUCAGCAAGUGUAAAUCCACCCUAGACUAAACCUGAAGCCCCGGAGCUUUACCGAACCAAGAUACAAAGAUCAAAUAUUCGAGCUAAAUCGUAUUCGAGAAGUAAAAUUGAACGUAUUUUACACAUGAGAUAACCGAUUUAGAUUACAACGAGCCAAUAAUUAUACUACUUUAUUACGAAAAUACCCAACAAAAAUAAAACAAAUAAAUUCCAAGUCCAACAAUGGCUCAAACCAUCUGGUACACGCACAGCAAAAUGGGGCGAGCGCGAGGCCAUCCAAAGCCCGGUUGAAUUGGGCUUGAUGCUGGCUGGUGUGGAAGGCCCAGUGUUGUCAUAAGAUCCAUAUGCUUAUCUUCCCCGUCAAUUGACCCUGGGCCCAGCCCAAUAAAUAUAAACAAACAAUGGGGAAAUAACCACCGCGCUAGCCCAUCAGCCCACCGCGUCGUUCGCAGUUCAACCAUCGCCGACGGUCUUCUCCAUUGACUUGCAAAAACACGGCAGAAUCAAUCAAUAAAAUAAAAAAAAAUAGUACAUAACAACAAAAGUGGGGAAAGGAAUGUGAAAGGGAAACCCACCUUGAUUUGGAAAGGGAAUGGAAACCCGCAGUUUGUGUUGAAUAGUAAGAUACGCUUACAUAAAAUCAUGGUACAUUAAACCAUAUCGUACCGAUGGUUCAACCACAAAAUAGCAGUAUUGGAGGCUAAACCGAUAGGCGGUAUUUAACGGUACUAACGGUUGAACUACGGUUAAACCACGAUUUUGUCAUAAAAUACCCUAUCGCUG